CAGGGUUUUCUUUCCUCAUGAUUUGGGUUCGGCAGCGGAAGCCCUUCUUGAUUGCGGUAAGGAAGCUCUAUGAAGUCGCAUGUUUAAGAGAAAAGCAACACUCUGCUAGUAUGGGCGCGUAUCCACUCGAAGUCUUUAAUAGUGUAUGAGAAAACAAACAGGUGGAAAAUGCUUUACAACUCUACAUGGAAAAUUUCGUAUUGACUAUUUAUACUAAAGCUAUCGUGAAAAAAGACAUGGUUCUUUAUAUUUUAUAGUUAGAACUUUGUAGUUUCAUAUAACUCUAGUCUAGUUUGCUGUUUUGCAAAUUGUGUUAGCAAGAGAUUUAUUUUGACAGUAAGGUUUAUGUUGCAAAGUUAUCCAUUGAUAAAACUAAAUGGACCAAAUCAAUCAAAGUCCAUAAAGGACCAUUCAUUCA